CUUCUGUUGUGUUGUGUGCUUCCUCAACUCUGAAACUACAAUGGCAGACAUUACCCAUCUUCCUAUGGAACAGCUUCAGGACCUUGACUACUGCUUAGACUCUAAUCCAUCCUGGGCUGAAGCUAUCCUACUAGCAUUUCAAAAUUAUAUAUUGAUGCUGGGAACAAGUGUGAUGAUUCCUUCAGUGAUUGUUCCAGCCAUGGGAGGAAGUGAUGGUGACAAGGCAAGGGUAAUUCAGACUCUGCUCUUUGUAGCUGGCGUUAACACACUUCUCCAAGCACUUUUUGGAACCAGAUUGCCUACAGUUGUUGGAGGUUCAUUUGCAUAUGUAAUUCCAAUUGCUAAUAUUGUCACAGACUCAUCAUUACAACAAAUUAGCGACUCUCAUGAAAGAUUUAUACAAACAAUGCGAGCAAUACAAGGAGCUCUGAUUGUCGCAUCAAGUAUUCAGAUAAUCCUGGGUUACAGCCAAGCCUGGGGACUCUUUUCAAGAUUUUUCAGCCCCCUUGGUAUGGCACCUGUAGUUGGAUUGGUCGGACUAGGAUUAUUUCAGCAUGGAUUCCCUGUGUUGGGGAACUGUGUAGAAAUUGGUAUACCGAUGCUGUUGUUGGUAAUUGGUUUGUCACAAUAUCUAAAGCAUGUGAGACCAUUUAGAGAUAUCCCUAUCUUUGAACGUUUUCCAGUGUUGAUUUGUGUCCCCAUUGUUUGGAUCUAUGCUAUUAUCUUGACUGCCAGUGGAGCUUACCGACAUAAGCCUAACGUAACACAACAUAGUUGUCGAACAGACAGAGCAAAUCUGAUAUCUACUGCCCCAUGGUUCAUGUUCCCAUAUCCAUUCCAAUGGGGUCCACCAACAUUUUCUGCUGGCCAUUCGUUUGCCAUGAUGUCAGCAGUUAUUGUUUCAAUUGUGGAGUCAACUGGUGCAUACGAGGCAGCCUCUCGGUUAGCAAUUGCUACUCCUCCUCCUGCUUAUGUGCUGAGUCGAGGCAUUGGUUGGCAGGGUAUUGGCAUCUUACUUGAUGGUAUUUAUGGAACAGGAACUGGUUCCACUGUUUCUGUGGAAAAUGUGGGACUCCUUGGACUAACCCGAGUUGGAAGUCGCAGAGUUGUUCAGAUUUCAUCCGGUUUUAUGAUAUUCUUCUCUAUUUUUGGAAAAUUUGGAGCUGUGUUUGCAUCUAUACCCUUCCCAAUAUUUGCUGCACUGUACUGCAUUCUCUUUGGCCUUGUGGCUUCAGUUGGAAUAUCAUUUCUUCAGUUCACAAACAUGAACUCUAUGAGAAAUCUUAUUAUCACUGGGCUCACACUGUUCCUUGGAAUAUCUGUUCCUCAAUUUUUCAAUCAAUACUGGAGUCCUUCGCAACAUGGCCUUGUUCAUACAAAUGCUGGAUGGUUCAAUGCUUUCUUAAAUACCAUAUUCUCAUCACCAGCGACUGUGGGUUUGAUAGUAGCAGUGUUGCUUGACAACACUCUUGAGGUAGAAAGGUCAAAGAAAGAUAGAGGGAUGCCAUGGUGGGUGAAAUUUAGAACAUUUAGAGGAGAUAAUAGAAACGAAGAAUUCUAUACAUUGCCAUUCAAUCUCAACAGGUUCUUCCCACCUACAUGA